UUAAACACAGAGAUGAGAAAGAAGGCUAAGAACGAUUUUGAGAAAGACUUUUUUAAGCUGAUGAACAAUGCUGUAUUUGGUAAAACAAUGCAAUCGAAGAGGAAAGAGAUGAAGAUGGAGUUGGUGUCGUGUGAGAGGAGGUUGCAGAAACUGAUUAACAAGUGUACAUUCAAACACUGUACCAAUUAUAAUGAAAACCUAAACGCUGUCGCUUUAGAGAAUACAAUUAUUAGAUUCGAUAAACCUAUAUAUAUUGGAUUUGCAGUACUAGACAUAUCAAAAACAAUGAUGUAUGACUAUCAUUACAAUGUAAUGAAGAAACACUAUGGCCCUAGAUUAACUCUUAUGUAUACUGACACAGAUUCGCUAGUGUAUCACAUUCAAACGGAUGACUUCUACAAAGACUUGGCGGCUAACAGUAGCUUGUUGGACCGGAUGGAUACUGGCAACCUACCCAGUGACCAUCCGUGCUAUGUGAUAGAAAGAAAGAAGUCCCCAGGAUACUUUUCUGAUGAAGUGAAUGGUGAUAUAAUUACUGAAUUCUGUGGAUUGAGAGCCAAGUCAUAUGCUUUCAAUGUGUAUGCCGGACCGGAGGAAAGAGUUGGUGGUGAAAAAAUCAAAGCGAAGGGGAUAAGAGGUCAUGUGGUUAAAAACCACAUGACUCUUGAAGAUCAUAGGAAGUGUUUGUUUGAAGAAGAUGGAUUGGAAUUAUAUACAGAGAAUGUAUCGAUAAGAUCAUUCAACCACCAACUGAUGACGAUAAAAACAAAGAAAUUAACGUAUAACAGCUAUGAUGACAAGAGGGUGAUGCUAGAGGAUAAAAUACAUACAUUAGCACAUGGACAUUAUAGUAUAGAGGAAGAUGAACCCGAGGAUGAAUGGCCUGAACUCGACUAUGAGGUAGAUGACAGAGGGCGACGAUUGAGUAAACUGGAUAAAGAGUUUAUGAGGGAGCUUCUUUGUUACACAACUAAAUAGUUUUAUUUCAGAAACUUUACUUAUUUUUUUGUUAUAUAGUUUUAUUGUUUUGUUAUAUAUUGAUUAUUGUAAAUAACUUGUAAAUAUUAUCCUAUUAAUUGUUAUAUAAUGUAAAUACUUGAUAAUAGAUUAUUGUGUAAUUUGUAAAAUAUUAGAUUAGUGUAUAAAUUUGUAGUAUUAACACCUUUAUAAUGUAUACUUUGUAUGUAAAUGUAUAAUUUUUAUAUUGUAUAAUUUGUAAAUACUCUAUACCGUAUCAGUAUGCUUUUGCUAGAUAUGUAAGAUAGUUUACAAUGUUUUCUUGUAAUAUUUUUUUUUUCCUGUAUAAUUGUUUAAGCUAUAACCAUGUU